AAAUUUCGCAGAUCACUCUCUCUCUCACUGUACCAGCUGGAAUCCAAAGCAGAAAACGAAGACAAGCUUCUCUCUCCACUUCUUCGUCUCCAUCUGAUUUCCCUUUUCUCCACUAUCAGUUUGGAUUUUCUGCAAUUUUGAUUUUCUUUCUUCAGUUCUCUCACAAACGCGGGUUUUGAGACAUUUCGACAUCUUUUUCAUUUAUUUAUUUAAUUUCUCAAUUUAGCUCUCCUUCAAUUUCUGGUAUUCUUCUUCGGAUGAUAUAGUAAUCUGAAAAGUUUUAAGAUUUGCGAUGAAAUCUUCGACUCGGCUUGAUUCAGUUGUUUUUCAGCUCACUCCCACUCGAACCCGGUGUGAUCUGUUGGUAACAGCUAAUGGAAAGACUGAGAAAAUAGCUACAGGGUUGCUUGAUCCUUUUCUUGCUCACUUGAAGACUGCACAAGAUCAAGUAUCGAAAGGUGGCUACUCGAUUAUUCUUAAGCCUGAGGAUAGUGACAAUGCUGCUUGGUUCACUAAGGGAACAAUUGAAAGGUUUGUUCGAUUCGUGAGCAAUCCGGAUGUCCUAGAACGUGUUUACGCUUUAGAAACUGAGAUCAUACAGAUCAAGGAAGCAAUUGGUAUUCAGAACAACUCUGAAAUGGCAUUGACUGUUGUGGGAGAAGAUCAACGAGCGAAAAGAGCAGAGAGUACUGAAGGAAGCAGGCCAUUGCUACAGCUCAACGAGGAGAAAGCUAUUGUCCUUUACGAGCCUGAUUCACAUCCAAAGCAAGCAAAUCGGUCUACCACAUCAGAUGAAAACUCUAAAGUUCAAGUUCUGAAAGUUCUGGAGACAAGGAAGACAGUGUUGCAGAAAGAACAAGGAAUGGCAUUUGCACGUGCUGUGGCAGCUGGUUUCGUUGUUGAUGAUAUGCUCCCUCUAAUAUCUUUCGCGAAAUCUUUUGGAGCCUCACGUUUGAUGGAGGCCUGUUUAAAAUUCAUGGACUUGUGGAAGAAAAAACACGAAUCUGGCCAGUGGGUUGAAAUUGAAGCAACAGAAGUAAUGGUAACACAGCCAAACAUCUCUGCAAUGAACGACUCAGGGAUUAUGUUCGCUAAUAUGCGUAGGGACUCGUUGCCCGGGACACCUGAAAAUAGUGAUGUGAAGUCUCCUCCAGAUAAUAAACCAAAUGUAAAUCAAGAACAUGUGCAAGGUCAACAUCCACAGCCAAUGUAUGCACCGUGGCCAGUUCACUCUCCUCCUGGUACUUUUCCUGUAUUUCAAGGGUAUACAAUGCAGGGCAUGCCGUAUUACCCGAACUAUCCAGGAGCUAGUCCAUAUCCAUCUCCCUAUCCGUCUACCGAUGAUUCUAGACGUAGUUCUGGCCAAAGAAAGGCUAAGAAACAUCAUUCAUCAUGUAGUGAGGACUCAGAGUCAGAAGAUGAGGACAGAGAGAAAGGAAAAUCAGGUAGUAGAAGAAGGAAAUCAGGGAAGGUGGUGAUGAGAAAUAUAAAUUACAUUAAUUCAAAGACGCAAUAUCAUUCAGGAACAGAAUCUGAUGGUGAUAACAAUCAUGAAGAGGCAAACGGAGAAUGUAAAGAGAGAGCAACCAAAGGGACAGAGGCUGACACUGGAGAUUGGAAUGCUUUUCAGACUUUUCUACUGCAAGAUGCUGAUAGAGAAGAACGUACCAUUGACCAUAUGAUGGAGAAGGAGACUGUAGGGAAGAAGAGGCAAAGUACAGGGAAAUAUGAUCCUUUGGCUUAUGAUGAACGUGAAGCAAGGAAAUUUCAAGAAAGGGAUACAUCUGACAUUCGGAAUGGAUCUGUCGCUCGUAGAAUCAGGGGAUCUAGUGACUCUUUUAUGGUUCACCAGAGAGAAAAUGGUUUUGAGAAUCCUUCUGAUCCUCUCAACUUGAACGGAUUUGAUAAGCCAAGGAAUGGUCUUGAUAAGAGAUCAUCAUUUAACAUGGAUGAUGAUUCUUAUAUUGUUACUCGAGAAGCUGGAAGCAAUGCGCGAAAUGCUAUGGACAUCGGAUCAGAGAUCUCUUCGUACAACCAAGCUGAUGGAAAUGAAAGAAAGCAGGUCAAUUAUGAGCCUCAUGAUCUGAGCCUAGUGCCAGAACGAGAAACAGAGAAGUUAUCUGCUGGGUAUGAUCCUGUGCUAGAUUUUGGAUCCAAAGCUUUGAAGAAGAAGAAUAACCUGGAAGCUGGAGUUGUUAAGAAGUCAGUGAGAGAUCCAAAAUCAAGACUUUCUAAUGAUGCUGCAGAUAAGAGGAAAACUUCAGGGCCAAUACGAAAAGGAAGACCCACAAAGAUGAGCCCUUUAGAUGAAGCAAGAGCACGUGCUGAUAAGCUUAGAAAUUUCAAAGCUGAUCUCCUGAUAAUGAAAAAGGAAAAGGAAGAGGAAGAGAGGAAACGCAUCGAAGAUCUGAAAAUAGCAAGGCAAAAGAGAAUUGCUUCUAAAAGCAACCCAGCCAUAAGCAAGUCACAAUUGCCUGCACAACAAACAAGAAAACAAGUUCUAAACAAGUUUUCUCCUGGACCUCUUAGAGCCUCUAAGUUUAGUGACACAGAACCAGGAUCAUUAUCACCUCUUCAACGUCUUCCGAGAAGAAGUGCUUCUUUAGGGUCAAAUGACUUCCUAAAAGUCCCCAAGAAUGGUAAACUGAGUACCGUAAGUAAGUCAACAGGAAAUAAGCUAACAAGGUCGAUAUCACCGGUACCUUCAUCUAAGAGAGAAAGCAUAUCAACAGGAAAUAGGCUAACAAGGUCGAUUUCACCAUUACCUCUGUCUAAGAGAGAAAUCAGAGUUAGUCUAGAUAGUCAGAACAAGCCAGUUUCAAGGACAAGACGAUUAUCAGAACCCAAAAUGGGUAAUAAUAGUGCACCAAGUUCUUCAGCGAGGUCACUGCGCACGAUAGGGUCCAAGAAAGUAUCUGAUGCUCCUGAGAUAAAGAAAUUAUCUGCCAUUGUUAACUAUGAUAUAGCGAAAAUCGCAUCUCUUCCGGAACUAAAGAUAAAACCACCCAAAGGUCCUACGAAUGUUCUGGUGAAAGGGGUAGAGAAAAUCAAAUCUUCAGCCUCUGAGAUUAAACCAAGUGGUAACAAGAACAAAUCCUUGUGCCAAAAUGAUGUUGAUGAAACUCCAGUGGUUGAGAAGACAGUGGUGAUGGUGUUGCCAAGUUCAGCUCGAAGUAUAAGUAUAGAUCAGACGAAACACGAGAAGUCCGAAGUAGUCUCUGAAAGAGCUGAUAAGGAAGCCACUGAAACAAUGCAGGAGAGUGGGAAUGAUCUAAUCUUAGUUAGAUUGGAGACUCUAAGUGACUUGGUAACAGAAACACCAAAGUUUCUGACAAGUCAAAGUGUUGUUGAAAAACCAUAUGAAACUCCAUAUGCUCGAGUUUCUUCGUUAGAAAAUCCAUGUACAGUGUACUCAGAGUAUUCCCAAGCACCUGCAUCAAGCUUACGUUCAAAUGAGACAGGGCAAGAAACUGUCAAAGUCCUUAUACCAGAGAAGAAGAUAAGUGAGGGCUCAGAGAAAUCUCAAACAAAGGAUUCAGCGUCAAAAGGGCUCAGAAAGCUGUUGAAAUUUGGGAAAAAGAGUCAGUCUUCGUCGACAAGUGAAUACCAUACCGAGUCUAAUAAUGCAGCUGGCAAUAUCAAUGAGGAUCAUGAUUCAGUUGUAACUGCUGCUACAACAAGUGAAGCUUUUACACUGAAGAAUCUCAUAUCUCAAGAUGAAACACCCACAGCAGCAGCUGCUUCACAUACAUCUUCUCGCCAUUUUUCAUUACUGUCUCCAUUCAAGAACAAGAAGACAGUAUCCUGAGAACACUGAAUGAAACAGAGAUCCUCUCCAUUAUACAUCUUUGAAAUCUUGUUAUGACUGAGUAUUUAUGAUGUAUCCAAUAUCGAGCCUCUUCUGCAACACAGUCUGGAGAAAAAUAUUACCAUUGAUGCAAACAUUUGGUUCCAAAUGCAAUGAAAUGUGCCUUUUUUAGCUUUUUACUUUUAUCCACCAUAUGAGAUGAGAUGGAUGCACUUGACAAAUAAUAAUAAUUGUUAGACUUAUUAUCAUACUGUGUACACACUAUGUAAAAAAGAAUUGUCAUAGAUGGUUGUCUAUGUCAGGGAAAGUGAAUAUGAGAAAAUAUUUUAUAACCAAUAAUCAUAU